CAAUGGCGGCAGCGGCGACGCCGGAGGAAGGGGGAAGAACGGGCAUCCCGUCUCUGCUCGCCUCCGCCGGGGAGGAGAUCAUCGCCGCGAACGUCACCCAGUUAAUAGGCUGGACGCCACUUAUUGAGAUGAAGAACAUCACAAAAAAAGAAGGCAUAGAAGCCCGUUUGAUCGGAAAGAUGGAAGCAUACCAACCCCUUUGCUCGGUCAAGGACAGAGCUGCUCUCAGUUUGAUUGAAGAUGCAGAGGAGAAAGGCUUGAUUACACCCGGUGUUACCACACUGAUUGAACCAACCGGUGGCAAUCUUGGCACCGGUUUGGUAUUGGUUGCAAUUCAGAAAGGCUACAAGUUUAUUGCAGUUAUGCCUGCUGAAUAUUCACUUGACAAGCAGAUGCUAAUGAUGUAUUUGGGUGCUGAAUUGAUACUGACAGAUCCUGCAGAUGGAUUUAAGGGUUCCAUUGACAAAGUGAAAGAGCUCGUGAAGGUCAUGCCUAAUUAUCAUUUUUUCAAUCAAGUAGCCAACCCAGCAAACCCCGAGGCUCACUUCAAAUGGACUGGACCUGAGAUUUGGAAGGACACAGCAGGCAAAGUGGACAUGUUUGUAACCCUUGCUGGAACAGGAGGCACGUUGUCAGGUGUAGGAAGAUACCUGAAGAUGAAAAACCCAUCCAUAAAUAUUGUUUGCGUGGAACCUUCAGAAAGUGCUGUAAUUUCAGGUGGCUCACCAGGGCCACACAAGAUUCAAGGCGCUGGGCCAGGUUUCAUACCGGAAAACUUGGAUAGAUCUAUCAUCGAUGAAGUCAUCACUGUAAGCACAGAGGAAUCCAUGGCAAUGGCGAGAAGGCUGGCCAAGGAGGAAGGGCUGCUUGUUGGCAUAUCUUCUGGUGCAAAUGUGGCUGCUUGCAUCAAGAUUGCAGCCAGAGAGGAGAACAAAGGGAAAAUGAUUGUUACAAUGUUCCCUAGUGGCGGUGAAAGAUACAUGAACUCUGAUCUCUUUGCACAUGUAAGGGAGGAAUGUGCUAACAUGACAUUCUAAUGUCUGGAAGCAGCUCUCCUUUGCU